AUGACCCCUCGGUCCCGAGCCUGGUUCUGUCCGUGCUCGUGCAUGGGCGGCUCGUCUGACGGGGAACAAGAGCAUCACCAACAUCCACCAAAUGCUGCGCGGCCUCCCGUGGACGCCAACAAUGGCUAUCAGACGCGUCCUCCUCCUAUGUCUCGCGGUUAUGUGAAUGGCGUGUAUUAUCCCAGUUGGCUGGUGUACAAAGACAAGACGCCUGCGACUCUUGACGUGGGCAAUAUUACGCACAUCUUCUAUGCCUUUGUUGGUGUUAAUGAAGAUGGGUCUCUUCGCUGGAUCGAUGAGCACGCCGACUUAGUCAAGGAUGUCGAUGGUGAGAAAGGCGCUCUGCAUGCCCUUGCCAAACUGAAGCGCCAGAACCCUCAUCUCAAGACGAUUGUAUCCAUUGGAGGAGGCGCCGAUAGCAAACAGUUUUGCACGCUGGCCGCCAGUCACAACGGGCGACAGACGCUGGCGAAGCAGGUUCGCCAUCUUUGUGACCGAUAUAAACUCGACGGUGUUGAUAUUGACUGGGAACACCCUAAAAACACACAAGAGGGUCAUGACUAUGUGAAGCUUCUCCAAGAGUGCCGCAACGUGCUUCCUGAAAACUCACAUCUUCUCACUACCGCUCUUCCCGUCGGCCAAUACAUCCUCAAGCACAUUGAUCUCCGAGCAGUGUCCCGUCUAGUCAACUACAUCAAUCUCAUGGCAUACGACUUCACCGGCUCCUGGACAAGCGUCUGCGGCAAUCAAGCCCAGCUUCACUCCCCUCGAGGCAACCUCCAAUCUUCAUACCCAGAACUCGGCGUAUGCGCCACAGACGGCGUUGAAUACAUUCUAUCCAAGGGCUUCCCCAGUCAGAAACUCAUAUUUGGCGUUCCUGCUUAUGCGAGAUAUUUUCCCGUCGCCGAGGGGCCUGGCUGCUCUACUGAGGGCGCAGGGGAAAUGGACUACUGCGAGAUUCCAGAUGAAUGGGUAGAUAACGCCGUGGUCGAAGAGGCAUCUGUGGCAGCUUGCCAGCAGAUUUUCUCAAUCACAUCCCGCAAGUCUUUCGCACCCUCUGGGCCAAAGCUGCACAACUUCGCAAGCAUGGGCAUGUUCUCUUCAAAGCCUGCCGAAGGGGGCGACGACAACACGGGCAACACGGGCAACGACACUGAUCGCCCUGUAAUUGACUUACGCACAGUUCGUCGCCUAUUUUGGGCGGCUCGUUCGGGAGAUUGCACAAGUGGUUGA